AUGUUUCUCUUUCUAGCACGCCCUCGACAUGGUCGCCUGGCUGAAAAGCCGGGCAGAAGCCCGCAAAAAAGAACGACUGGCCCUGGUGGCCCUGGUGGCGGUGAGGUCAAUUGCAUCCCCACAGCCUUGGUACAGAAGCUUGCGGCUAAGGAGUCCGAGUCCUCCUCGAUCAAGGAUCUUUUCGCCGCGGCGGUUAAAAGGAAGAAGGAGGCCAAGCCCGAGGAGACAGAGCCUGAGCAGGAAAGAUAUCGACAAUGA